AUGGAUGUGGCCAACGGAGCUUCAGUAGCAGCGGCUGCACCGCCAGCACAAAAUGGAGAGCGAGACGAGGCAGGGGGAUACAAGCUGAAGUUCUGCACAGUAUGUGCCAGUAACCAGAACCGGUCUAUGGAGGCCCACCUCCAGCUAUCCAAAGCCAACUAUCCCGUCAUCUCCUUCGGGACUGGAUCCCUUGUCCGCCUCCCAGGACCCAGCAUCACCCAACCAAACGUAUACCAAUUCAACAAGACAUCCUAUGACAGCAUGUUUAAGGAGUUGAGAGAGAAGGACGAAGACUUAUAUACACGGAACGGCUUACUCAACAUGCUUAACCGAAAUCGUGGAGUUAAGUGGGGCCCUGAGCGAUGGCAAGACUGGCAAGUGGGUAUCCCACGACUUGAGCACACUUCAGACCGUGGUUAUGAUGGUACAGAAGGUGGCGUGGCCGACGUCGUCUUUACCUGUGAAGAGCGAUGCUGGGAUGCUGUCGUUGAUGAUCUACACAACAGAGGGGCUCCACUGAACCGUCCAGUACACGUCAUCAAUGUUGAUAUAAAGGACAACCACGAAGAGGCAUUGGUUGGUGGUCGCGGCAUUCUAGAUCUCGCAGAUUCCCUGAACAAGGCCGCGAAAGAGGAGCGAGAGGCUGCGGGCUCUGCUGCGUUCGACAUAGGCAGUGCGACGAGCCGAGCGUCCUUUGACGAGAGGGUUCCCGAGAUUGUGGGCGAGUGGCAGGAGCGAUGGCCUAAUUUGCCAGCGACCUGGACACUGGCUUGGUUUUGA